GCUUUCCAAAACCGACCAGGGCUGAGUGGUAUUGGCCAAACCAAGGUGACAGCACAGGCAGUGGUGUUUGUUGAUGGGGCUAUGGCAUCGACAUUCCAGAUGCGUGCGUGCAUUGCCUUUGUCAUCGCUUUCGUACUGCUCCCGGUUGGAGCGCAAGAUACUGCACCUAAACUCCUGCAGGCCAACACGACACUGCGCCUAAGUCGGCUACCGGGCGAAAGUGUUCGGCUUUCCGUGUCUCUACUCAACUCACCCUCACCGCCAGCAAAAGUCUCCUGGACACACUGGGAUAAGCCAAUCAAUAUCGGCGAUGCCAGGCUAGAGCUGUCCAGCGAUGGCUUGGUUCUGAGCGUCAACGAUUUGACAUACGUUGAUGAAGGUUGGUACAAGGUCACCUUGACCAACACUCAGGGAGCGGAUUCUGUCAAAAUCUAUCUGAAAAUAAUUGUUGCGUUUCGCCCGACGCUCCUGCACGGUGGAGGGACGGUGACCUACCCAGUGCACACAAACCCGAGCUCCAUCAUGGCGGAUGUGUGCUCUCUGGAUACGGCUGCACCGCUGCUCUCUAGUCGCGAUUACCUGGUGUGGAGCUGGGUCGGAGUAGGAAAUGUUGGCGUACCGCUCAACGUCAGGAAAGGCCGCACACUGCCGUUGCGUUUUCCGUACAGCCUCCGCUCUGAAUCCACGAGAAGCGGCGCGUACAACUUCACGUGCAAGUGGGUGUAUACAAUAGCGCCGUGGCGAGUCUAUGGAAAUGUUGCGGCACGUGAGACAGUGCAGGUUCGCUUCGUAGACGCUCCGUACGUCACCUCGUUUGUCAAGACACAGACGCGCUCGUCUCUCAACUUCACGUGUGUUGCCCACCGGCAUGGCAGCAAUGUCACCAUACACAUCAGGAGACCGGACGGGACGGUCCGGAGCUUUCCCGGCUCGCUGAUAGCUACUGACUACUACGGCGGCGGUUAUAAGCACGGCUAUUACUCGUGCAGCGUUGAAAGCGAUGCUGUGUGUAACCCGCCCGGAGAUCCCAGCGUGCUGCGACCUUGUCAGUGGAACUCUCGGUAUGAAAAGCACAUAAAGGUGCCAAGCUACUCACGCCCAUUUCUGCGUGUACUUUCGGCCUUGAACAUCACCAACCAGGUCGGCGAAAAUGCCACAUUUUCGUUCACGUGGAAUUACCCACCCUAUCCAGCGCCCAGCAUUAAAUGGAUGCACAAUGGUAACCCGAUUAAUACAAGUGCGCACAAGGUUCGAUUGCUCAAUAGUGGCAAGUUGCUGAAAUUGAUGAACUUGAUGCCCUCAGACAUGGGGCUAUACACAGUGUUUGUGAACAACUCGGAAGGAUCAAAGAGUGUUUCGUUUACCCUGAAUAUACCCGGGCCACCCGUUGUGGAUACGUUCUCAGACUUGAACACCACCGGACUGCUCGGUGAAAAUGCCACCUUCCACGUCACCCUGAAAAACAUACCUUAUCCGUCGGCAACUAUUGAAUGGACGCACAAUGGAUCUCCAGUCAACACCAGCUUAGACAGGACGCAAUUGUCAACCGAUGGCUUGUUGUUGAGACUGACGAAUCUGGCUCCCUCGGACAGUGGAGUUUACACCAUCUUGGUACAGAAUAGAGAUGGAUAUGAAAAUGUUACAUUCGCCAUGGAUAUUCAGGAUCCUCCAGUUCUGGACACGUUUUCAGCCCUGAACAGCACAAAACUGAUCCGCGAAAACAUACUGUUUUACGUUAACCUGAAGCGCACCCCUAUUCCGGCGCCUACUAUCGUAUGGCAGCACAAUGGAUCUCCCAUCAACGCAACAGCAAGCAGGGCAGGAUUUUCUAACGAUAGUUUGUCGUUGAACUUGACAAAUCUAGCAGUGUCCGACAGUGGAUUGUACACAGUCUUGAUUAGCAACACCGUCGGAUCAGAGAAACUGAUGUUCUUCCUGGAUGUUCAAGUACCUCCGGUUGUGGACACGGUCUCACCCAGCAACAGCCUUAAACAGUUUGGUAACGGCGUCAGGUUUUUCGUCACCCUGAAACGCACACCCCGUCCACUGCCGACUAUUCAAUGGUCACAUAACGGAUCUCCAAUUAAUGUCACUGCGGACAGGGUGGGUUUGUCCAGUGAUGGCUUGACGCUAAGAUUGUCCAACUUGAUGCCCUCGGACAAGGGAGUGUACACAAUGUUGGUGUGGAAUAGCGCUGGCUUGGAAGUGGUGCCGUUCAACUUAGCUAUUCAAGUUCCUCCAAUUGUAGAGACAUUCUCAAACCCGAACAGUACAAAGCUCAUCACCGAACACAUCUCAUUUCACGUUAACCUGCAAUACGUACCCAAUCCUUUGCCGACCAUCACAUGGCUGCACAACGGAUCACCGAUCAACACAGGCAUGAGCGGAACGGAAUUGUCAAGUGAUGACUUGUCGUUGAACUUGACAGAUCUAGCAGUGGCAGACAGUGGAUUGUAUACGGCCAUGAUUGAGAACACCAUAGGAUCAGAGGAAGUGAUGUUUUUCCUGGAUGUUCAGGUGCCCCCGGUGGUGGAGAGGUUCUCAAAAUUGAACCGAGUUCGGCGGCUUGGUAGACGCACCAGGUUUUUCGUCACCCUGCGACACGCACCCCUUCCACUGGCGACCAUUGAAUGGUCGCACAACGGAUCUCCGCUCAAUGCCAGCGCAGACAGGGUGCAGCUAUCCAAUGAUGGCCUGGAGCUGAGUCUGACCAACUUGAUGCCAUCAGACCAGGGAGGUUACACAAUCUUGGUGAAGAACAACGUGGGAUCUGAUAGCGUGAGAUUUUCCUUGAAUCUGCUGACUCCCCCAGCUGUGGAUACAUUCUCGGCCUUAAACACCACGAGGCAGUAUGGUGGGAACGCAACAUUUUACUUCACCAUGAAACACAGACCCUAUCCGGCGCCAACCGUUGAAUGGUUUCACGACGGAUCUCGAAUCGAUGCAAACGCAGACAGGGUGCAAUUGUCCAAUGGCGGUUCGUCGUUGACAUUGAUCAACCUGACGCUCUCAGACAAGGGAGCUUACACCUUCACGGUGAGAAAUGACCAAGGAUCUGACAGUGCAAUGUUCAACAUGGAUAUUGCAGUGCCGCCAUGUCCAAGUCUGCAGAGACGUGCUGCUGAUGGAGUCAGCUGUGUCCAGUGCUCCUGUGACAAAAAUGCUACAAAGAGCUGCGAUGAUAGCGAUAGUUGCACCUGCCUGGACAACUAUUCCGGACGCACGUGCCAAGACUGUGCCGCGGCUUACUACCGAACGGAAGAGCAGUGCGUUCCGUGUUCGUGCACUUCACAUGGUUCCCAUGACAACUUGUGUGACCAGGUUACUGGACAGUGCAGCUGCAUACCCGGCUUCCACGGAACAAAAUGCACAGAAUGCCCGGACGGCUUCUUCAUCCCGGACCCCAGCAUGGAAAACACGGCAUGUGUAGCCUUUGACUCUAACAAAACGUGUCAAGCAUGCUAUUGUUCAGUGGCCGGCUCAGUCAGCAGUGUGUGUGCUAAUGGAGCAGGAAUAUGUCAGUGCAGACCAGGUUACACUGGAGAUAAGUGUGAUUCGUGUACCAGUCCCGGACAGUUCUAUGCUACUAAUGCUGGUUGUACAGCGCUGAGCGAUGAGCUCUUCACCGGCAACAAGUCAUCCCUGGUUCAAGGCAGUGUUUUGAAUCUGUCCUAUGAGUUUGUCUACGGCUCACAGUUCACCCAUCAUGGACAAGUCUCAGUGUCAUAUCAUGGAUUUAUGUCCCUAGAUGGUUUUUCUGGAGGUGACGACAUCAACUCCCGUGUGACAGAAGAGGAUGCCGUCAUUGCCCCCUACUGGACAUCACGCAAUGGAAAUCAGUCGUGUUCGAAUGGAACCGUUGAAACUCACCAUGUCAGUGAGUCGGUGGAUAACGCUACGUUCACCGCCAUCAAGCAAGCAGUACUGGAUCAGUAUAAACUCAGCGAUGAGUUCCGGCCACGUGAAGCCAUCUUCACAACCUGGAGGGAGAUUCCUGCCAACAACCCACAUCACAAGCGUAACACAUUCCAGGCAGCCAUUAUCAGCGAUGACUGUCAGUCGUUUGCCGUUUUCAACUAUCCGCAGCACGGCAUAGCCUGGAGGGGUUUCCCCUAUCCGGUCAUGGCGGCUGGUGGCGACGUCCUCAACACAUCUGGAACUGUCAAUGUCCAGCCAAUCAGUGGCGUCUACAACCUGACCAAUGGCUGCAGUGCUCGGCUGCGUGCAAAGCACGACUGUCUGAAUUUGGUGACCAAUGCGCAAGCGGUGCCAGAAGCACGUCAGGACAUGACGAUGUGUCCAGCAGACAUAGGCCUUGCCCUAGCCAGCACAAACUUCUCGAACCGCACUGACAUCCUUGCCCAUGCCUGCUUUGACUCGAUGACAAUACAGCUUGAUUUGAAUACUCGAAUAGCUUCCCACUGUUGCUAUGGUAAAGAUGGCGGACAGCUGAUUGAGUCCGGCCUCUACCAACCCUACCAGUCGAUUUCAGCUGCUGACGAGAUGUUACGUGACGCAUGCCACACCGUUGGUUUAUUGUCUCACUUCUUCUCCAACCGUAACUCUCCGAUUGUUAUGAUGGCUCCUCCGACUGUGGACACAUUCUCAACCCUGAACAGUACCAAACUAGCGGGCGAAAACAUUACAUUUUAUGUCACUCGGAAAAUCACCACCAACCCAUUGCCGUACGUCUCGUGGACACGUAACGGAUCGUUAGUCAAUGGACCAAAUAUUGCUCUAUUAAUAAACGCGACCCGUGGUAAUUUCUCGUUGAGUAUUACUUUUCUGAGCAUAAAGGACAGUGGGGAGUACAUCAUCACUCUGCACAAUACUCUAGGAUCAGUGAAUGUAACAUUUUCUCUGGAGGUUCAUGCUCUACCAGAAUUUGAGAGACCAAUCGGUUAUGUAGAUGAAGGUAAAGAUGUCACCGUGCAAUGCAGUGUUAGUAGUAUUCCAGCUGUUGACGAUCUCUACUGGAUUGAACGGGAUACAGGACUACGACUAGCACCCUGGAAUUCUACUGAUGCAGCGGAAGUCACUUCAGUAGUGACCGCUCCUGUCACCACUUUAGCUGGAGAGCUUAUGCAGCGAUCAGCAUCGCUGACAUUGCGCAAUGUGACGAUCGGCGAGCGUGACAGAUAUGUCUGCAUGGCUAGGUAUCGUACACCAGCACGACAGCAGAGUGCUCCACUCUUAUUCAACACAACCCAGCCAAUCGUAGUCAACGUGCCUCCGGUGCUUCACCUCUCGCCGACGAACCUCACGGCCAGGUCUGAUUCCAAUAUUACCCUGGCUUGUUCUGUGACCAGUUUCCCAGCUCUCACCUCGCUCACUUGGAGCCACCGUCUUCGUGACGAUGACCCAGGUCAAACGAUCGUACCGACAUCAACUAAGGAACUGGCACCGCAUACUGCCUCGCUGCUGCACAACUGGACAAUCACGCUCGAGCUACCGCCUGUCACUGAAGAAGACGGCAGCGGAGAUUAUCUGUGCAUCGCAACGUACGCACGUGAGCCAAGCUGGAGCAAGACCAGUACUGUUUCGAUUAGCAGUGUGUCUGUUGCCAUUAGUGAGGACGUAAUAUAUGUACUCAAGGACGACAGCAGCAGCAGCAGAAGCACCACCACCACCACCACCACCACCACCGCCACCACCACCAGCAGCAGCAGCAGCAGCAGCAGCAACAACAGCAGCAGCAACAACAGCAGCAGCAACAGGAGCAGCAGUGACAGCAGCAACUUCAGGGAGGCAAACAAAAAUGCUGGUGGCAAAAAGAAAAGCGGUUCGCUGAUUGCCAUUGGCGUCGUUACGGCUUGUCUCAUCGGUGCUGGGUGUGUUAUGAUCGCCUGGAAUAUGGGCAAGCUGUGGAAUAUGGCAAAGGGAGGGGAAAAUAGCCCCAUGGACGACACCACGUUAUCAUACACUGCCGAUGGCAUUCUCGAGCAACCUCCUACGUCGCUCUCAGAACGACCGGAUCCCUGGCGCGACGAUGACCCUUCCGAACCGAACCAACCCGCGCCAGUCGCAGCAAGAAAGGAUUCCUGGCUCGAAGAUGUCGCUCAUGUGAAGCGAGUCACAUCAUUUUCGGGUGAACCGGAUCCCUGGCGCUAACUUUGAAGCUUAACAGGUAUCGCAUGACCAGCCUAGGCCUAGCUUGCACUUCUUGCAAUACUGUUUUGCUCACAAGAACAUUUAGUGAUUGUUCGUGCAUGCAAGCCGUGUGUGAGUUACGAGUGCAUGCACUAUUUAUUUAUUGUUGUGACAUGGUGUCUUGCGUUUCUUUGCGUUCUCGAUUUCUUCAUCCUCACCUUGCCUUGUACUUCCGCUUUCGCUUCCUCAAGCGUAGGCUAUAAUGCUCGCUUCGCAAGCGUUA